AUGGACAUUCGCAACAAUCUGACCCGGCUGAACAUGCUGGAGAACUGCACUGUGAUUGAGGGCCACUUGCAAAUAUUGCUGAUGUUUAAAACCAAGCCUGAAGAUUUCCGUGAGCUCAGCUUUCCUAAACUGACUAUGAUUACAGACUACUUGCUUCUUUUUCGUGUGUAUGGCCUGGAGAGUUUAAAGGGACUUUUCCCCAACCUCACUGUGAUUCGAGGAACUCAUCUGUUUUUUAACUACGCGCUGGUCAUUUUUGAGAUGGUUCACCUGAAGGAGAUCGGCCUCUAUAACCUGAUGAACAUUACUCGAGGUGCUGUGCGGAUUGAGAAGAACAAUGAAUUAUGUUACUUGUCCACAAUUGACUGGUCAAGGAUUUUGGAUUCCGUAGAAGAUAAUUACAUCGUGGCCAACAAGGAUGACAAAGAAGAGUGUGGAGAUGUGUGUCCGGGAACUGUGAAAGGGAAGAGCAACUGUCCGCCUACUGUGAUAAAUGGCAUUUUCAUUGAACGCUGCUGGACACACGAUCGCUGUCAGAGAGUUUGUCCACCUGCCUGCAAGUCCCAAGGCUGCACCUCUGACGGUCAGUGCUGUCACAGCGAAUGUCUUGGGGACUGCACGGAGCCGAACAACCCUGAAAAAUGCGUGGCUUGCCGCAACUUCUACCUUGAAGGCAAAUGCGUGGACACCUGCCCCCCUGGUUACUAUCGCUUUGAGGGGUGGCGUUGUGUGACCUUCAGCUUCUGCCAGGAACUGCACAACAAAUGCAAAAACGCCAGGGAGUCGGGGUGUCACGUUAUCCACAAUAACGAGUGUGUUCAUGAAUGCCCGUCAGGGUACAUCAUGAAUUCCAGCAAGUAAGUACAAGACUUGCACUGUACGCCCUGCGCAGGGCCCUGUCCAAAGGUUUGCGACUAUGGGAAAGAGAAGACGAUCGAUUCGGUGACAUCGGCCCAGGAGCUCCGCGGCUGCACAGUUGUUAAUGGAAGCUUAGUUAUAAAUAUCCGUGGAGGAAAUAACAUAGCAGCUGAGCUAGAAGCAAAUCUUGGCUUGAUAGAAGAAAUCUCAGGUUACCUAAAAAUUCGCCGGUCUUAUGCCUUGGUUUCUCUUUCUUUUUUUCGUAAACUACAUUUGAUCAGAGGACAAACACUAGAAGCUGGGAAUUACUCAUUUUAUGCUUUGGACAACCAGAAUCUUCGCCAGCUCUGGGACUGGAGUAAACACAACCUCACUAUUGCACGAGGCAAACUCUUCUUCCAUUAUAAUCCCAAACUGUGUUUGUCAGAAAUCCACAAGAUGGAGGAGAUCUCUGGGACUAAGGGCCGUCAGGAAAGGAACGACAUAGCCCUGAAGACGAACGGUGAUCAAGCCUCAUGUGAAAAUGAAUUGCUGAAAUUUUCUUCCAUUAGAACAUCUCAUGACAAGAUCCUGUUGAAGUGGGAGCCGUACUGGCCUCCUGAUUUCCGUGAUCUUCUGGGAUUUAUGCUUUUUUACAAAGAAGCUCCAUACCAAAAUGUGACAGAGUUUGAUGGCCAAGAUGCUUGUGGGUCAAAUAGCUGGACAGUUGUGGAUGUUGACCCACCCCCACGGUCAAAUGAGCCCAAAGCCCAGGCCCAGCCGGGUUGGCUUCUGAGGGGCUUGAAGCCAUGGACACAGUAUGCCGUGUUUGUUAAAACUCUGGUCACCUUCUCCGAUGAGCGAAGAACAUACGGUGCAAAGAGCGAAAUCAUCUACGUCCAGACCAACGCUACUGUUCCAUCGGUCCCAUUAGAUCCGAUAUCUGUUUCCAACUCUUCAUCCCAAAUCAUUCUGAAGUGGAAGCCACCCUCGGAGCCCAAUGGAAACAUCACGCACUACCUGGUGUUCUGGCAGCAGCAGGCAGAAGACAGUGAGCUUUAUGAACUUGAUUACUGCUUAAAAGGACUAAAACUGCCCUCAAGGACGUGGUCUCCUCCUUUUGAGUCCGAAGACCCUCAGAAGUAUAAUCAAAGUGAAAAUGAGGAUGUCAGCGGAGAAUGUUGUUCCUGUCCUAAAACAGACUCUCAAAUACAAAAGGAGCUGGAAGAGUCUGCUUUCCGCAAGACAUUUGAGAACUAUCUCCACAAUGAGGUUUUUGUCCCCAGGCCAUCGAGGAAACGAAGAGACCUGGGCGCUGUGGCAAAUGCCACUGUGGUGAUACCCACCGUCGCGUCCUCUCCGAACAAUUCUGCCGCGGCAUCCGACAGCGCGGAGGAACAGAAACCUUUUGAAAAAGUGAAGUCGAAGGAGUCGUUGGUGAUCUCGGGCCUGCGGCAUUUCACCGGGUACCGCAUCGAGCUCCACGCUUGUAACCACGAUGCUCAGGAGUCCCGGUGCAGCGUCGCAGCUUACGUCAGUGCCAGGACCAUGCCGGAAGCUAAGGCUGAUGACAUCGUCGGUCCGGUUUCCCAUGAACUGGUUGAAAAAAAUACCGUGCAUUUGAAGUGGCAAGAACCGAAGGAGCCAAAUGGUCUUAUUGUGCUGUAUGAAGUGAAUUAUGGACGACUCGGGGAGACAGAGGAAGCCCACUACUGCGUUUCCCGCAAGCAUUUUGCCAGCGAGCAGGGCUGUAAACUCCGUGGACUGCAGCCUGGAAACUACAGUGUCCGCAUACGAGCUACGUCGCUGGCUGGAAACGGCUCAUGGACAGAACCUACGUAUUUUUAUGUGGCUGAUUAUUUGAAUGCUCAGCCUAAUAUUGCUGUUAUAAUUGUUCCGAUUAUUUUUGCCAUAAUAAUUGCUGGAAUUAUUGGAGCUGCUUACGUGCUUGUGAAAAAGAGGCAAACCGAAGGACCAACCGGACCACUCUACGCAUCCUCUAACCCGGAAUAUCUCAGCGCCAGUGAUGUCUAUGUCCCCGACGAGUGGGAGGUUCCACGAGACAAGAUCACUCUGCUCCGAGAGCUGGGACAGGGCUCCUUCGGCAUGGUGUACGAGGGAAUCGCCAAGGACGUAGUGAAGGGAGAGCCGGAGACUCGAGUCGCUGUGAAAACUGUCAACGAAUCAGCCAGCCUCCGCGAGCGCAUCGAGUUCUUAAACGAAGCUUCCGUGAUGAAAGGGUUCAGCUGCCAUCAUGUGGUUCGCCUCCUCGGGGUGGUCUCGAAAGGGCAACCGACCCUGGUGGUCAUGGAGUUAAUGGCACAUGGAGAUUUGAAAAGUUACCUCCGCUCUCUGAGACCUGAUGCCGAGAACAACCCCGGUCGUCCGCCGCCGACCCUGAGAGAAAUGAUCCAGAUGGCUGCCGAGAUCGCUGACGGCAUGGCCUACCUGAACGCCAAAAAAUUUGUUCACAGAGAUCUCGCGGCUCGUAACUGUAUGGUUGCAGAAGACUUCACCGUAAAAAUCGGAGACUUUGGCAUGACCAGAGAUAUCUAUGAGACGGAUUAUUACCGUAAAGGAGGCAAAGGACUGCUGCCUGUGCGGUGGAUGGCCCCCGAAUCGUUAAAGGACGGUGUUUUCACUGCUUAUUCCGACGUGUGGUCGUUUGGUGUUGUCCUCUGGGAAAUAAGCAGUUUAGCAGAGCAGCCGUACCAGGGACUCUCCAACGAGCAGGUGCUAAAGUUCGUAAUGGAUGGAGGAUACCUGGAUCAGCCGGACAACUGUCCGGAGAGGCUGCACAGCCUGAUGCAGAUGUGUUGGCAGUACAACCCUAAAAUGCGCCCCACCUUCAUCGAGAUCAUCGAGAUGCUGAAGGAGGACUUGCACCCCAGCUUCCACGAGGUCUCGUUCUUCUACAGCGAGGAGAACAAACCUCUGGAAACAGAGGAGUACGAGAUGGACUUUGAGAACAUGGAGAGCAUUCCCCUCGAUCCCUCCUCGUACUCGCAGAGGGACAAAGUCCUGGGGCGGGACAAUGGACCCUCCAUGGCCCUCAAGGGGAACUACGAAGAGCACAUACCUUACACUCACAUGAAUGGUGGCAAGAAAAAUGGGCGGAUUCUCUCCAUGCCCAGGUCAAGUCCUUCCUAACGCUUCCUGUUUGGCCCAAGGGUUAUGUCUGCUUUUUUUUCCCCCCUCCACAAAUCUCAGGACUCUCGUUAUUGCUGCCACAGUGUAUGACACACAGCUACAAACUCUUCAGAUUUUUAAUCAUCUUAUGAUUAAUACUUUUUUUUUUUUUUUGCCAAGUUGACUGGUUGUCAGUGGACUUAUCUGUGAACAUAAAUGGAAGAGGUUUCCAUGGCUGCUGUCCCUCCUGUAACCAUGGCUUCAAAACAGGAAGCGACCGUGAGAGUUCAACUGAAGGAGGAGCAUCCACGUUUGCCAACAGGAGACAUGAAACUUGCUGGUAUCUGAGCUACAGCGUAACGGUGCGGAACAAAACUCCUGCAGGACAAAAGCAUUUCCAGUAGAAUUC